UUUUUUUUUGUAAGGCGUGCCUGACAAAUGUCACAUGAUCGUGAUGAGAUCAGCUGACAGGAAAGACUGCAGCUGUUAGUACAAGAUUCUAGCAUCUACCGUUAGUACAAUGAGGUUCCGUUUCUGUGGUGAUUUGGACUGCCCUGAUUGGGUUUUGGCAGAGAUCAGCACCUUGGCUAAAAUAUCCUCUGUCAAGUUGAAGCUGAUAUGUGCCCAAGUACUGAAGGAACAGCUGGGGGACGUUAUUGACUAUGAAAAGAUUCUAAAGCUGACAUCAGAUGCUCGCUUUGAAUCUGGUGACAUUAAAGCCACAGUUGCUGUCCUGUGCUUCAUUCUUUCAAGUGCAGCCAAGCAUAAUGUGAGCAGUGACAAUCUGUCCAGUGAGCUCCAGCAGUUGGGUCUUCCCAGAGAACACGCAGCCUCUCUCUGUCGCUCUUAUGAAGAGAAGCAGACUGCUUUACAGGAGACCUUGAGGGAAAACAGCCUUCGCUUGUCACGCUUAUCAUCUUUGAGCUGGCGUGUAGACCAGACCCUUAGCUCCAGUGUUCUACAUGAAGUGAAUGAGCCUCUGGUCCAUCUAAAUCUUCAUGUGACCAACACUGGUCGCUCCAGACCUGUAACAUUGUCGGCCAGUAAAUUAAGAGUGUUGCUUACAGAACUAAAACAGGCUCGUGAGAUGAUGGAUGCCCUGAACUGAGAGCUGUGCUCUUGGAGAACUAUUAUGUUCAGCUGAAGAUCUUCAGAGCAAUAAGAUGUCACACAUUGCUGGGAAUAGCUUCAGUAGGAAAUCUGUUCUAUAAGAACAACACCUUGUGAAUAUUUAGAAAGGUUGACUUGUGUGGACUUCCCAAGUCUUCGUAACCAUGUAAGGCAGUGGUUCUCAAACUGUGUGCUGUGGAACCCUGGGGUGCUUUAGAGCACUUGCAGGGGUGCCCUGGGUUGUGGUCCAGGACUAAUUAUAAAUUAUUUAUGGUCAGUGUUAAAGGCAAAACCAGUGCUGGUGGCUGUGAAUCUUGAAAUAUGUGGACAAACUGAUGCAAAUCUUGUCCCUUAAAUUAAGGAUGACAUAUAACACAAUUUACUUAUUUUAAUAUUUCUUUCUAAAUUUCUCAAUAAAAAACUUUUGGCCUAGGGGUGCCAUGAAAGAAAA